GUACGCAGCGUCCCUGCUUCUGUAUUUUUAGUACGUGACAGCUGGCGACACGUUGGCUGCUUUUAUGCAAAUGUUGGAGACACAGUUUUGAUACAAUGAACAUGUAGGCAGGCUGCGAACGUGCGAUAAUUAUUGACGUUCGACACGUCGACGAAUGCACGCCACUGAGCCGGCUUUGGGUUGUCCCGGUUUCUUCCCUGCGACGAGAGACACGCAACUUGGGGAAGAUGAGGAUUGUGCAGCUUCGAAGAAAUCGCCUGUUCCACAUAUUGAUUGGCAGCACGCUGCUGCUGCUGGUCCUGUACAUUCUCCUUAAUUUCUCCUCGGACAGUCACAUGAACAACAUAAAGGAAUACUGGGCGCAAGGCCUUGGUAAGAAACAGGUGCCAGUGCUCGUAGAAGAUUUGGGAAAUUACGAGCUGCGUGAUGUACCGGUCAGAACCGGCCCUGGAGAGGGCGGCAAGCCGCACGUUUUGAGGGACGAUCAGUUGAACGACGUCCAGCAAUCUGAAUCCGAUUACGGUAUGAAUAUGGUAUGUUCCGAUGAGAUCUCGCUGUCGAGAUCGAUACCAGACACCAGACCCGGAGAAUGUAAACAUUGGAACUACCCAGAUGAAUUACCGCGUACCAGUGUCAUUAUAGUUUUCCACAACGAAGGUUGGUCCGUUUUGCUGCGAACCAUCCAAAGUGUCAUGGACCGCACUCCGUCGAAGUUUCUAGAAGAGAUCCUUCUCGUCGAUGAUUAUUCCGACAAGGAGAAUUUAAAAGGCGACUUGGAUUCCUAUGUCGAGCAGUGGGAGGGGAAAGUUAGAUUACUCAGAAACUACGAAAGACAAGGCUUGAUACGAACGCGAUCCCGAGGAGCGCGCGAGGCCAAGGGCGACGUGAUAGUAUUUUUAGACGCUCAUUGCGAAGUCAAUGUAAAUUGGCUGCCUCCGCUUUUAGCGCCGAUUGCUGAAAAUAGAAACGUAAUGACUGUUCCUGUGAUAGACGGCAUCGAUCAUAAGACCUUCGAGUAUCGUCCUGUGUAUCAAGAAGGGCACUUGUACAGGGGGAUUUUCGAGUGGGGCAUGUUGUAUAAAGAGAACGAAUUGCCCAGGCGGGAAGCCAAGACGCGUGCACACGACAGCAUGCCGUACAGAUCGCCGACGCACGCUGGUGGCCUGUUCGCGAUAAAUCGACAAUACUUUUUAUCACUGGGCGGAUACGACGAGGGAUUGCUCGUUUGGGGGGGAGAAAAUUUCGAAUUGUCCUUCAAGAUAUGGCAAUGCGGCGGAAGUAUCCUGUGGGUACCGUGCUCGCACGUCGGACACGUUUACCGAGGAUUCAUGCCUUAUACGUUCGGUAAACUUGCUCAGAAGAAGAAAGGACCAUUGAUAACUAUUAACUACAAGCGAGUUAUAGAAACGUGGUUCGACGAGAAACACAAGAAAUUCUUUUAUACCAGAGAACCUCUCGCGGAGUUGCUCGAUCACGGUGAUAUAACUGAGCAAUUGCUCUUCAAGGAACGCAAAAAGUGCAAGAGCUUUCAAUGGUUUAUGGAUAACGUGGCGUACGAUGUGCUGGAUAAAUUUCCAGAGCUGCCGCCGAAUGUUCACUGGGGAGAGCUACGAAAUGUGGCAACUGGAUCAUGUUUGGACACUAUGGGUCAUGCACCGCCGAGUCUUAUGGCUACUUCCCACUGCCAUGGGUUUGGAAACAAUCAACUCAUCAGGUUGAAUGCCAAGGGUCAAUUAGGCGUCGGUGAGAGAUGCAUUGAAGCAGACGGCCAAGGUGUAAAAUACGCGUUUUGUCGACUAGGAACUGUAGACGGCCCGUGGCAGUAUGAUGACAAAACGAAGACGCUGUUACAUAGAGUACACAAGAAGUGUGUGGCACUUCAUCCCCAAACUCAGCAAUUAUCUCUGAUGCCGUGUGACAUAAACAAUACUUAUCAGCAAUGGAGCUUCCAUCAAAUCCGCCCGCGAUGGUAAUAUAAAAAAAGAGAAAGAGACCAAAACUUCUUAUUUAAUUUGUAAAUUACUCGAAACUGUGCGCAAGUUCUCAUGGAAAAUACAAAAUUUAUUCAGUAACGUAUAAUGCAGGAUAGUUUAGUAUUUAUUUGUGACCAAUUUAUUAUACAUUAGUGAAUUAUAUAAAUAAAUAAUUACGAAGUUGAAUGUUAACAUCGAACAUAUAUCCAAGAGCAAUCUUGGAUUUUACAUAUGCGAAAGUCAGGAAAUGUAUUGCGGAGUGCAAAAAGUAAAAUUUAAUUUACGAGCUUCUUGAAGUGACUAUAUAUUUGGAUAUAAUUUUUUUUUUUAAGAAAACUAUCCCGUUAAUGCAAAUUGUUUCUAUUUUAUAAUGACUGAGGUAAACUCUGCAAUGAGAAAGUUUAGUCUUUAAUAACUUUUUUAUAUAUAUACGAAAGCGUACACAUGUAUGACAUAUUUUGAUACAUGAUCUUCCCAUUGCUACUGCCAAGAUUUCUUCCCAUGUUUCUAAGAUAAAUUAAUUUAUCAAUAUUUCACUUGAAAUACUCCUUUGCAUUCCAGGAAAAGUUGCUAAUGUUACUUCUUAUAUAUUGUUUGAAAGAUAAAGGUUGAUAUUAUUAUACAUAGAAAUUUAUACUUAUUUCUGAAUGAAGAUUGUAAUUUAUAUAUAGAUACUAUACAUCUGCGUGAGUCUUGUGCGAGAAUGUGUGAAGAUUUAUACAUAAGGAGAGAUAUGUACAUUCCAGAAAGGUGAAAUACUUAUUACAUAUUUAUAAGAUGUUUUUAUUUUUAUACGGGUGGGCCAAAUUCUUCAUCGCUAUUGUAAAACAUUUUAUACGUUUAAUGAUUGGGGGGAGGGGGUGUAUAAAACUAAUAUCUCUACAAACAUUGAAAUGAACCUAUUAAGUAGUAAUAAACAAAGAACGUUUCCUUAUUUUAUAUAAUAAACGAUCUAUUUAUAUAGCUUUUUUGGUAAAAAUCUAGAGUAUAUCCUUUGUUACUCUAUCAUAAAAUUGUUCUUACAUAAAAUUUUAUACUUGUUAAUGUUUGUUUCAGAUUUAUACCUCGCGUAUUAAAACAAAAUUUUAUCUUUUUGGUUUUAUCAUAUUUUUUUCUAUUUUUAUUGACAUAAAAAUAAGAACUAUCGCUGUUACGAAAAACGCACAACGAUAUUGCGCAUAUUCAUCUGCAAUAUGCGGAAUGGAAAAUUUUCUCUCAUCAAGUAUUGCUAUCUUGAUGUAAAUUUUAAGAUUUUUGACGCAGCUUAAUGUGUCAAAUUUUGAUAUUUCUAAUGCAGCUACCAUAUGAAUGUACUUAAUCGCAUUAACGACUGUUAUUACGAUCCAAUUUAGAGUUUAAAAGCAAUAGAUAUGAUUGUGCAGUUGACUUAUAAUGUAAGAUAAAAAUGCAAUGUAUUCCAAUGUAGAUAAUAUAUUUUAUUAUAUGCAAGAU